ACUUGUCACAUGAUCGUAUGAUGCGAAAGGCCCGGAUAAACCAUAGAAUCGGGUAGUGAGUAGCAGGCGUUUGUUAGCUCUUCUCCUCUAUUUACCAUGAUCCACUCACUGUUUAUGAUCAACAAGUCGGGAGACGUAUUCAUGGAGAAGCAUUGGCGUAGCGUCGUCAGUAAGUCUGUCUGCGACUACUUCUUUGAAGCUCAGACUAAGGCCAGCAGUCCAGCAGAUGUGCCUCCAGUCUUGGCUACUCCUCAUCAUUACCUUAUUUCCAUAUACAGAAAUGAGUUGUACUUUGUGGCUGUACUACAGAAAGAAGUUCAGCCGCUUUUUGUAAUUGAGUUUCUGCAUCGCGUCAUGGAUGUUUUCGCUGACUACUUUGGGGCAUGCACAGAACUGGCAAUAAAGGAUCACUAUGUUAUCGUAUAUGAGCUUCUUGAUGAGAUGCUUGACAAUGGUUAUCCACAUGUGACUGAUGUCAACGUGUUGAAGGACAUGAUCAGACCUCCCACAGUUCUUGGUGCUGUUGUAGAUACAGUUACUGGUCGUUCACGCAUGAGUAACACACUGCCAUCAGGUCAGCUGUCUAACAUACCUUGGAGACGGCAAGGAGUCAAAUAUGCUAACAAUGAAGCAUACUUUGAUGUCAUUGAAGAAGUAGAUGCCAUCGUUGAUAAAUCAGGAACAACUGUGCAGUCAGAGAUUCAUGGAUCAGUUGAGUGUUCUAUAAGACUUUCUGGGAUGCCAGACUUGACAAUGUCAUUUAUCAAUCCUCGACUGCUGGAUGAUGUUAGCUUUCAUCCCUGUGUUCGAUAUCGUCGAUGGGAGAGUGAGCGUGUCUUAUCAUUUGUUCCACCUGAUGGAAAGUUUCGAAUGUUGUCAUACCACAUUGGGGCAUCUAGUGUCGUUAUGCUACCUGUAUGGGUGAAACCCACAUUCAAUUUUAGAGAAGGAUCUGGUAACAUGGAUAUUACGGUUGGGCCGAAACAGACAAUGGGCAAGCAAGUUGAAGAUCUAGCACUGUCUAUUACAAUGCCAAAGAUAGUACUAAAUUGCAGCCUGACUUGUAAUGUUGGAAACUACUUGUUUGAUCCUACAAGUAAAUCUCUCAAAUGGCAUAUUGGUAAACUGAACCCACAGAAACAGCCACAACUGCAAGGAUCGAUCACGCUACAGUCUGGAAGUGGACCGCCUGACUCUAAUCCAACAACAGAGGUGCAGUUUAGGAUCCCACAGUUAGCUAUAUCGAACCUCAAAGUCAAUCGUCUAGAUUUGUAUGGCGAGAAAUACAAGCCAUUCAAAGGAGUAAAGUAUACAACAAAAGCUGGCAAGUAUCAGGUCAGGGCGUAGAUUCUCAUACAACUCAAUUGUUUAGUGGUAGCUGAUGAACACUUGCGUACUGAUUUGAAUUUAUACAAUUGAUUCUGAUGCUGACAAGUUA